CUUUUUCAUGGCAAUAGGGCUGAAGCAAUGACUGGUCAAACAAGCCUGGUUGUCAGUUCAACUCUCGGCUCAAACCGACCCAGACCCAUCUCGUUGCCUGUCCCUGGCCACCUCAUCAACUUCAUUAGCCGGGCAACAUGACCAUCAUAACGCCACGACUUGCACCCUCCCAGCUAGUGAUGCGUGAUAUGAUCAGCAGCAAAUCACUGACUACUUCCCAAAUUACGGAAGCAGCUGGCUACGGCAAAUGUUCGAUCAUAACCAUCAAUGCCAAUCUCCGAAUGUUUGGCGAUGUCCGAGCGCCCUUAAUCCCUGGCGGCCGCCCUCGUGUGAUCAUGCCCGUUAUGCUCGAAGCGCUAUGCGACCACCUACUAGAGAAGCCGGAUUUGUACUUGGAUGAGAUGGCAGAGUUCUUGUAUGAUGAAUGAUGGUAUUCUCUUCCCACAUCUCUCCGAUCCUGCUGAAAGGGAGAGGGUGCUCCAAGCCUUGCUCGGCACUAAAGGGCGUAUAUGCUCGUUGACCCUGUUUUUUGAGGUUGCCCGCUGUCUCGCCGGCCCCGUGAAAUCUCUGCGGGCCCUUUCCAAAGUAGACGCCAAUUCAUCUGUUUACGAUGGUAUUCUUGUAUCUUGGGAUGAUCAGAUCGAAAGUCAGGUAAUCCAAGUGUCUGAGACUGAAUACCAAAAACAACCAUUAAAUAUCAAAUUUCGUCCACAGGGGGUCAAGGGAACAAUUGCAUGGUCUAGCUUUCUGCAGCUCUGGCUAGUAGCAUUCCGCUACUUCAUUGACCCUCGCAUUGGUCGACAAAGAGCUCAAAGAAGUGUUCAGCCUUUAUUCAGCAUGUGUGGUCAAGCGGAACUCGCAAAAUCAGCGGAGAAACUAGGCUUCCGAAUUUCGAAGAGCAGUCUCACUGAAGCUGACCUGAAUAUGCCUGCACUCCGCUAUAUGCUCGGGACACUGUUGGAGGGCUGUGGAAAAGAUAUUGAUACAAGGGUGGUUUCAAAAGUGGCUUUUAUUGCGAGGAGGUUUCGGAAAGCGUUUGGUUUGUCUGGGAGGAACCAACCUCAGCAGCCACCAAUAUUAUCACGAUUCGGAUACCUUGAAGCCCAGCUGCUGGGGCGGACGACCGCUCAGGCAAGAGUAUGCUAGUGAUCGCUCCUAUCUUUUUCUCCGACACGUAUAUGGAUCCGACCAGAAUGGGCGACUUCAUCCCAGCUCGUUCGCAGUAAUCCGGGAUAUUUUCUGUUCGUUCUUUGGUAGGGAGCCUCUGUUUGCCUUGUCCGAUGAACAAAGUGCAUCAAAUUCACCAGGAGUGGAGCAUUCAGUCACUCAAGCCCUUAUACCGGCUCUAGAACCUGAACGCCAUAGGACUACAG